AUGGUGCAGGCAUCGGUGAAGCGUGCUUGUGUCCAAGAGCCGAGGCCAGAAGUGUGGCCUCCGCUCACUGUGAGUCAUUGGGCCAUGCAGGCUCUCUGGCAGUUGGUGUGGCCUGCUGAAAGUCACCUACCCCGGCUCCUGGCAGCUCAGGAACUUGGCCCAAUGGAAAAGCCAGCAGUUCCCAGCAGCAUCCCGCCGGAAAAGUUACUUUGCAGUGGACCUCCAGCGCCAUGCGAACCUGCAAACCAUUCGCCAUUGCAGGCUUUUCUUUGCCAUGCUUGCGGCAUGCACUGUGGGAGUAGCCUGCAGGCUUUCGUGAGCUCGCAGUCGCUGCCGCAGCAGAGACUGCCCCACACUUCGUCUCGGGACGGGCUUUCUAGACUUGACCAGUCACGGAGGCGCGAUGUGAAAAACACAUCCUCGCCUUCGCAGGCACUCCUCUGCGGGCACUGGUGUGGCCAAGAGUGUGUUCAGCACCUGCACCAGGCCAGCCUCAUGGUGACCAGACCAAACUUUGGACGGCCACCAGCACGUGCUGGGCCCGGCGAUCCCGAUCUAGCGUUGGAUUCUUGCAGGGCAAAUGAUGACCUGGACCGUUGUUCUGUGGUGCCGUGGUCGAGGCCGACAGAGUUGCCUUCGCUGCCCUCGGACGUCGACAUGGAAGAUUGCAAUGGCUGCAACCGAGAAACCACGAAGCCGAGAUUCUGGGAUCGAUGGGACGCUGAUGGCCUAGGCAUGCAGCGGGAACAGAUGCAAAAGGCACGUGUCCUGCAGGACUAUGUGGCGUGCGCUACUCCACCGGAGAGUUCCUUGCCGUCCUUGCCGAAUUUGCUUGAUGACACACACACCUGCCCAUCACCUUCUUCGGCGAGCCACCACAGCAUACUGCACAAGCCCGGGACACGCUCUCCAUGCCCUGCGAGAUUUGUGACCUUUACUGUGGAUGAGAGAGCAUCGCCGCCUGCCCAUCCUUUUCGUCCAUUGGCAUCUUCAAAGUCCAAAGGAGCGCAGAAAAAAAGGAGUACUGACAGUGGAGUGCUGUGGCACCUCAUCCCAGGAUCCUGA